AUGGUUUUUUUUUACUUUGCAGCCUUGUGAAUUGCAUUAUCGUACUCACUUGAUAUCUUGAUUAUAUACAGCACUGACAAAAACUUACAAAUAAAUUCCCUUCAAAGCAUCCUCAGCUCCAAAAUUUCCUCAGAAAACAGACUUUCUGUUACUUGAAUUGAUGAAAAAUUUUUAGAUCAGUGAAUUCAAAAAAUUGAUGAAAAAUGAUUAGUAAUUGAUCUUUCAUCAAAUUUAAAUACUCAUUUUUUAUUAUCUCAGAAGGCUGAAGAUUUAGAUUUUGUGCACUUUAUUAUUGAUGACUAUAAUGAGAGCUACCAUAAAUGGACAUAUUCCCUAUUUUUCGAAAAGGUGAACUAUUCAAAAGCAGUUGUCAAUGUCCUUAGAAAUUUUUACUGAACAUCUGGCGUUUUCUUUUUAUCUGAAGAAAAUUGAUUUUUAAAGAGCAUGAUUGAUGACCAGUUAAAAAAUUCUUUUAGCUAUCUUAUAGUGCAAAGCAGCUCGAAUGCUGAAGAAAUAAUUAAUAGAGAAGUUUUCAAUCUUGGAACAAAUUUAUAUUAUAUAUUUACCGAAGCAAAUACCGCAUGAAAAAUAGUAGAAAAUUUAAAAAAUGCAAAACUAUUGGGCCAAGGGACUUCGGUUUUAAUGAGUUAUGAAAGUAACUAUAAUUUAACACUUGAAGGGUCAUUAAUCAUUGCUCCUAAACAUCAAAUAUUUUCUAAGUCAAAAGAAGAUUAUGUUGCAAGUCAAAUAUUAUUCGUAAUACAAGAAAUUUCAACUGAUUUUAAUAAUCAAUAUGAAUUAAGGCAAGUGGCUAAAACUUUGUGCACUAAUCAUUUUUGUGAAAAUUCAUUCAGCGUGCUUAAUGUCAAAAAUGGAGACCGAGUUGUUAUUGGUGAGGCAUUUGACUCAAACUUUGAUAAUGUUACUUUUAUAGGGAAUUCGCAAUUAAUACCUAUAUCAGAAAAAAAAGUAUUAGAAAUAGGCUUAAACAGCGGGAUUCAUAAUCCUAAUGGAGUUCAAAGCUACCCUUUUAACACAAUUGAAUUCGCAGGUAGCAAUUUAGCUAUCUCUCUAAUAAAUGAAGGAGAACUAGGGAUUCUUAAAAAUUUUGCAAUUCAAGGAAACAGUUUUGAUUGUGGCAGCACAAUACUGAAUGCAACAUUCCAAUUGAAUUGUUUCAAGCAAAAUAUAAGUAAAAUUGGUCUUAUUUAUUUACCCAACAGCAUCACAGCAGUCCUACAAGGAAUUUUCACGACAUUCAAUAUAUUAAACGUCAAAGUUCCACAAAUAGCCGCUAGGAUAGGUUUUGACGAAUUUUCUUCAAUUUCUAAAUACCCAUUAUUUGUAAGAGUCAGUUAUAAUGCUGUUUAUUUAGCUUCUAUGGCUGUAAAAAUCCUUUACACGCUUGGAUGAAGAAGCUGCGCUCUCAUAUACCAAGAGGGCGCUUUUUUUGUCGAAUUCGCUAAUGCUUUUAUGGCUGAGGCAGAAAAAUAUAAAAUAAAUAUUCUUAAUGACCCUGCGUUACGAUCCUUUCCACAAGCUAUUUAUUAUGACGGACUAAAAGCAAACUAUUCACAUGUUUUUAAAGAAGCUAUAAAUUGUAACGCCAAACUUAUAGUUUAUAUAGUCUCUAUUAAUGCAGCCUCAGACAGUAUAAAAGUUUUUCAUUCUUUAGGCAUGAGAAAUGGUGAUCUAUUAUUUUGUUUUGCAAACCCAGGCACUAUUUCUUCUGUUUUCACAUCUUCUGCUAAGUAUCUUGCAGAAUCCAAAGAAAUUGCAACACCUUCAAUCGCAUUUGAGCCACCAGCAUAUACAGGAGAAGUUGGAGAAAUGGUGGCUAAUUUGCUUCAAUCAAGGUAUAAUAUUAAAAAAAGUGACAAUUUGAUUCAGCCUUGUGCAUAUUAUGAUGCUUUAGUAUUAGGAGCUUUAGCAAUUGAUUUCAUGAUAAAUAGAGGGCAAGAUUAUACGAAUGCGACUCGAUUAAUGAAAGCUAUAAGAAAGCAAACCUUCUGAGGAUGUGCUGGAAAAGUACAAACUGAGGAUGGGACGAAUAAUAGAAUUGUUGACCUCAUUGUAUUGCAAAAUGCUAUUCUAAAUAAAAAUACAGGAAAUGUCACAAUAAGUGAUAGUGCUUAUAGCUGAUAUAAUGAAUGCUUUAAUAUUUGAUAUAAGCCUAAAAUAUACUUAUUUGUUAUAAUGAGGAUAUAUAAAACCAUUAGGAACGACACUGCUUCAAAUACUAAAGCCAAUUGUAUAUCCAGGCAAUACCACAACUGUUAGUUUGUUUAGAGUUAUAAAUGGAGAGUGCCCUUUUCCAGAUAAUAAAGUUAGAACUUUUACCAAAGGGCGAUACUUAGUUUUUGGAAUUUCUAUUGCUAUCGGAAUAAGCACGGCAGCUACAACGCUUUAUAUUUGACACAAAUGAUGGAAUAUAAAGGUAGAUCAGCUGACUGAGAAACAGGAAAUGUCUAUUGAAGAUAUUAUGAUUGGAGCUACAGUGAUAAUAGAGCUAUUCCAGGUUUUAGCAAUGGGACCUGACCUUGCUCCUAUUAGUUCUUUGAUUGGAGAUCUAGGAAACAUGGUUUCUUUAGACUUAAAUGAUUUCAUCAGCACUAAAAAUGGAGUUUUUUGGUUUUUUUUGGAUGCUAUUUAUGCGCUUGUUUGUGUAUGGGCUGUUUUGUCAGUAUCUGUAUUACUCCGAAUUGACGAAAGAUUCCCAGCAGUUGGCUUGUUUAGGCUUUUAAAUAAGUCUGCUUAUUUGUUGAUGCCAAUUAUUGGGAAUCUUAUGUUUAUACCUAUAGUGUCGCUGCUUUUAGAUGUUUUUAUAUGUGAUGAAUCAAUUGGAGAAGAUUUUACUGACAGCUUUAUGAUUAAAGACUGCUAUCAAUUUUGUUGGAAAGGCGAGCAUAUUAUAUAUGCUGCAAUUUCUGCAGUUUGCCUUGUAGUUUAUGAGCCAUUAGCUGUAUUUUGUAGGCCGCUAUGACAAGAAUUAGAUCAUUUUGUGCAUGUUAAAUACACACCUUUGCAUUUAAUGGUAAAAACUGUUUUUCAAGUUUCCCUUAUUAUCUUAAACAAAACUGUAAAACGAGCCCAAGAUAUAACGCAUGGAGCUUUGUUUACCCUGAUAGUGAUUAUUUUUGGGAUUUUCGGAUUUAAAAAUCAAUCAUAUAACUAUCCUAGGUUUACUUGGUGGCAUUUUCUAACUAUGGUUGCUGUAUCAUGGUCAUCAUUUAUCACAACAAUUAAUAUAGGGCUUGGCAAAACUACUAGUCCUUUAUGGGUAAUCUUACUGGCUAUCGGGUGGGUUAUAAUAGCUAUGGUUGGCUUAUAUGUCCAAAAGAAAAAAUAUCCAAGCAUGCUGUAUAGAAAGAAUAUAAAAGAUACAAGUACUUUGUUUAAGUUUGCGUUUACAUUUAGCCAAACUCGAACUAAAAUUAUUCCCCUUAAAGAAUUUGAAAAAUAG